AUGAGUCCAGGCCAGGGCGCCGGCGGCGACGUGCGGAAGGGCUGCCGGGCGGGCGGCGGCGGCGGCGGCGCGGGGCGCCCCGCGACGGCAGCUGGGGCCUGGGCGGUGAGCGCGCUGUGCCUGCUGCUCUCCGCCGGCUCGGCGGUCGCCUGCCUGCUGCUGGGCGUCCAGGCGGCCGCGCUGCAGGGCCGGGUGGCGGCGCUCGAGGAAGAGCGGGAGCUGCAGUGGCGCGCGGGGUCGCCGGACACCCUGGUCGCCUGGGCCGAGCCGCAACUGGAGCGCCUGCUGCGCGAGAAGAUGGAGGGACCAGUCAAGCUCCGGACAGUUCGAGAAGCACCGACGGACUGUGUCUGUCCCCCAGGCCCCCCUGGACGGCGUGGCAAGCCUGGAAGAAGAGGCGAUCCAGGUCCUCCCGGGCAAUCAGGACGAGAUGGCUACCCGGGGCCACUGGGUCUGGAUGGCAAGCCCGGACUUCCAGGCCCCAAAGGAGAAAAGGGUGCACCAGGAGACUUUGGCCCCCGGGGAGAUCAAGGGCAAGAUGGAGCUGCUGGGCCUCCAGGGCCCCCAGGACCCCCUGGGGCCCGGGGCCCUCCUGGCGACACUGGGAAAGAUGGCCCCAGGGGAGCACCAGGCCCAGUGGGUGCCAAAGGAGAAGCUGGACAAGAUGGCGAGACGGGCCCGAGUGGACCCCCAGGGCCCAAGGGGGAUGAUGGGACACCAGGCCAGCCAGGGCUCCCAGGACCCUCAGGGCCCAAGGGGGAGCCCGGCCAGCCAGGCGCCUAUGGAGCCACAGGGCCGCGGGGUCCCCCAGGCCUCAAGGGUGAGCAAGGAGACACGGUGGUAAUUGACUACGAUGGCAGGAUCUUGGAUGCCCUUAUGGGUCCUCCUGGGCCACAGGGGCCCCCCGGGCCAGCAGGGAUCCCCGGAGCCAAGGGCGAACUCGGAUUGCCUGGUGCUCCAGGAAUCGACGGAGAGAAGGGUCCCAAAGGACAGAAAGGAGACCCAGGAGAAGCCGGGCUGAUAGGACCCAAAGGGGAAGCAGGAGAGAUGGGCCUGUCAGGCCUCCCGGGUGCCGACGGCCCCAAGGGGGAGAAGGGAGAGCCGGCAUCUGACAACCUACAGGAGAGCCUGGCCCAGAUCAUAGUGGAACCAGGGCCCCCAGGGCCCCCUGGUCCCCCAGGCCCCAUGGGCCUUCAGGGAAUCCAGGGUCCCAAGGGCUUGGACGGAGCAAAGGGAGAGAAGGGCAUGUCGGGUGAGAGAGGACCCAGUGGCCUGCCUGGGCCAGCUGGCCCGCCAGGCCUUAUUGGGCUGCCAGGAACCAAAGGAGAGAAGGGCAGACCCGGGGAGCCAGGACUAGAUGGUUUCCCUGGACCUCGAGGAGAGAAAGGCGACCGGAGCGAGCGUGGAGAGAAGGGGGAGCGCGGUGUCCCCGGUCGGAAAGGAAUGAAAGGCCAGAAGGGCGAGCCGGGACCCCCAGGCCUGGACCAGCCAUGUCCAGUGGGCCCUGAUGGGCUGCCCGUGCCUGGCUGCUGGCAUAAGUGAUCCCAAGCACGCAUCUCACAACCUGUACAGAUCCGUGUGGACAUUUUUAAUUUUUGUAAAAACAAAACAGUAAUAUAUUGAUCUUUUUUCACGGGAUGCACCACCAUACCUGUGGCCUUUUGACAUCUGAGAGUGUGCCCAGCCCAGCCCCAGAAUGAUCAGCAUGUGAAGCUGCCAGGAAAGUGGACAGGCCCAUUGGGGGCAAUGUGUACUUGAGGGGCACCCUCAGGACUUGGCUUUCCCGGGAAGGAGAUGAAGGUGAAAGUGCCUGGCUCAGGAGAGGCUGCAAAGAUGCCAGCUUGGGCCUUCAGUCACCUGAUUAGCAGAGACUCUGGCUGUCCCACUGCCCUGCAAGAGCCUGCCCUCUGAAGCUCUGGAGCCCAGGGUCCACGCCAUCCAAAAAGGCUCAGGGCAUGAAUGGCAAAUGCAGCUGCUCCUGGCCUCUCUGGCCUCGGCACUCAGCCACAGCCAGCUGACAGGACUCCCACCCACCACUUGUAGCUGGACACGGGGAGCUGUGGGAAGCACCCUAAGGGGUUGAGCUCCCGCCAAGUUCCGUAGGCCUCAGGAACCAGCCUGCCUUCUGUGAGAACAAGUGUCCUCUGGCCAGGAGUGGAAGCCAAGCGCUGUGAUAACUACCACAUGGACCCAGCAGCAGGGAGCCCUAUGAUCCCCAAAUGUGGAGGUCCCAGGCUAGAAUGUCUGUUGUUCCUGUCUCUCCACCACCCACAGCAGGGACCUGAUGGGACUUUGCCAGCCUGAGGAGAUGGACCUCAAGCUCAGAGUUUGGGUCUCACCGACCCCAAGGCUCCCACCCAGGGGAACUCUGGUCAGCCUGCCAAAAAUGAGUCCUCCGGGUGAGCUAUGCAAAUGAAGAGAGCCUCAGGGCUGCUUCCAGGCCUGCCUAAGUAGGGCACCUAUGCCCUGAGCCAAUGAUGCUCUGAGAAGAGGCUUCCCCACCUCUGACAAGGGUUCCCGGCCACCAGCUCCAACCCAACCACUUGCCUCACUUCUCUAUGUAGAUGGAAAUUGUUGCAUGAAA